AUGAACAUCCGAUUGAACAUCGCAGACGGACCCUCGCUUGACCUCGUCGAGGCGCUUGCAUGCGACGACCACCUCCUAGAGCUAUAUAGGAUGCUUGGCAAUAUCAAAGCGUGGCCGAUACGCGUACUUGAAAUUGAGUACAAGUCCGGGAUGGGCGGCACCUUUUCCAUCGACUACUUCUCGCAAAACCUGACAAGAACGCUCACUGUCGCGCGUCUGUCGGGUUGCUCGUCCAUGCGCCCGACAGUGUUAUCUUCAACUAGCUUGCGUGAGGUCAGACUCUGCAAUAGUGCGCUCUGGACGAACGUGGGCGAGAUGAUCGCGUUCUUCCGUGCCGUACCUCUCCUCGAGAUCUUUGAGUACUCGUACAACCAUGUCCGACACACUGGCAUGGUAUACCCUGGCGGAGUCAUGGACACACCGCCCGGUAUCUCCCUUGACCAUCUUCGACAUAUCAUCCUCCGGAGCUUCUGGCGCGAGGACAUCUCAAUUUAUGCCGCGCUGCGCCUGUCCCCCCGCAUGAAUGCGUUCAUAGCCUCCCGGGCCGUCCAAGAGCAAGCGGCACACAGGACUUCUCUGGCCAAUGUCCCACGCAUAGACAUGUACCCCAUUCAUUUUCUCGAAGGUACUAGCCUGCUCAGCAAAGUCUUUCUUGAGAGGCUUCAUAUGGCCGCUUCCAGCUUUUCUCGGAUUCUCCUCUCGAUAUCUUUCCACGCCGACAACCGGGGUCUCGCUAUUCGAUAUCGGAAUCCUGCUAGGGAAGGAACUUCGCGAGCGGCUUUUCAUAUUGACGAGGUUGAGCCUCUGUCCCUGGACAUAUGCCUGCCUGAAGACGCGAAACACACGGAGCACGCCGCGGGCCGGUUCUCCUCGCUUGUCCGAGCGACCGGCGCGCGAUACCGUUUUCACCUCCUACGCUUUAAAGGCACCCUUGCCACGAUCGACCGCGAGCUUCUUUCCGAACUUGCACAAAGCACAGUCGCACUUGUUCUACAAAGAUCGAGCGACGUGCGGGCACUUAUCGCCAUUCUACCCAGCUUGACGCGCCCGACUACAUUCGCAUUUCUGGCUUCCGUGGAAGUUGCCGCAGCUGACUUGAACUUAGCAGAGGAUAUGAGUCUACUUCGAGACCUAGCGAGGGUGCUAGAUGAUAACAACACAUCGUUCGAGGACACAAGGCUGUAUUGGCAUCCCGGGCCCAAUGAGGUGUUCGUGUACGAUAGGCGAGGAAAAACCUUGAAAAGGGAACUCAACCCGCUUCCUAUGCUGGGCUCUACGAUCCAAUAG